GAUUUGUUUAUCUAUUCCAAACAAACAAAUUUAUUUUUUAAAACUCAUUGCCGUGAUAUUAAAAAUUCGUUGAAUCUUUGUUUCUUUCUUCUAUACAUAUUUUUGUUCACAAAAUGGCGCCGAAGAAAGAAAAAGGCAAAAAGAAAAAGGAUGAACUCAUGCAAGAACCUGAACCUGAGCCUGUCGUGGAGGAAGAGGAGCAGCGUGAAGAAAUUCAGUUCACUGAUACCUCCUAUACCUCAGCUUCUUUUGAGGAGCUUCCUGAGUUACCCGUUGUGGAAGAGCCUAAAAAGAAGAAAAAGAAGAAGAAGGGAGAAUUAGAAGAAGAGGAUGUCAAAGUGGUUGAAGUCCAGUUUUCUGAAGAAUCUUUACCUAUAGAACCGGAACAACCGAAAGAAGAAAAGCCUACAAAAGGCAAAAAGAAAGGAAAGAAAAAGGAGGAAAAGGAAGAAAUACCUGAGUUUGAGAAGCCAAAAAAUUGGAAGAAAAUGAACAAAAAGGAGCAAGACAAAUGGAUGGCUGAGAGAAUAGAACAAUGGCGAGCUGAAGUAGAGGCUGAAAAGCAAGCCAGGCUGGCGGGCGCAAAGGAGAAAAGAGCGGCCUUAGCUCGGGCACGCGCCGAGCUAAUGGCACAGGACUUGGAGGAGCAGGACAUCCGGAGGGAUAUCUUGGACAAGACAUGUGUCCUAUUUGAGAGAUUUGAAAAACAAAAGAUUGCCGACGACAACAAAAAGCAAAAGGAAGCCGAGUGGCAGCAAUACCUCCGGUGUGACGGUCUUCCGGAUCCAAGAGUGGUGACUCAGGUGGCCACGUAUUUGCACCGUUACAAGGAAACCGCCAAAUACGACGUCGACGAGUUGGAGACCAAAUGUGUUGAAAUUCUACCCAUGAUUGAAAUGCUGGAAGUGUUUGUAGCCAACGCAAGACAGUACACAGAACAGCAAGUUGCUAAUUACAAUGAGAUCCGUCUUCAGCUCCGCGAACAACUGGCCACAGCAAUAGAAUUUGCAUCAUACUUCGUGUUACGUGAUCUCCAAAAAAACUUACAAUUUGACAGCGUUAAAAUCGCCCACUACAACCGCACCUUUCAAGCUUUGAAGCUGAAUAUUUGGGUCGCCAUCAAACUGCCCACCAGAAAGAAGAAGCCUCCUGAUCAGGAGCCAGAACCGCAACCCGUGGAUUUAGCAUUUCCAGCUAUCCAAGUGUCAGUAACGCUUCCAAAGACAAUCGAAGGAUCGAAUCUCAGCGUAAGGGCUUCCAGGUCCGAAAUCGAUCUGUUGAGCGAAAGGACCAGGUCCUUUCCAUUGUUGCACGAUUUGCCUAACAGAUAUGAAGAUUUGUUCAUCUUCAACGUAAAAGAACUUGAGGACGUGCAGAAACUGAAGAAGGAACAAGACGUGAUUAGAAACGCUUUUUACAAAGGCAUCAGAGAACGAACUAGAGAGCUGGAGAACAUGAUUAAAGUUAAUCCAUUUGCAAAAUGGGACAAGGAAAAGGAUGAACUGGAUCAAUUACAGCUGGCUGAACCGCCGCCUUUGCCUGACCCCAGAACACACUUGGGUGUUCUCAACGAGAAAGCGUUCCAGAAAUAUUUAAGAAGUUGUAUGUGCAGACACCGAGGUGGUGAAGUCAACAUGCGAAAGUAUAGGAUAUGCGGUGGCGUACUUAACAUGGAUCUUUUAGUGACUCCCCCUCAACCGAAACCGCUGGAAUAUGAGGUUGUCUUAACUACGUUAAUUCUUCCAAAGGAGCUUAAAGCCUUGGACUACAAAGUCCAGUACCGCACACCGCCACCCCCUUCCCCUGGGACAACGCGCACACCCGAAGAGAUCGAAGCCGAAAUGAAAAAAAUCGAAACAGAGUAUGAGAAACUAGCUAUAGUACACAUUGAAUUGCCUCAAGAAAUAAUGUGGACCGAACCACCAGUUGUAUGCCAGUGGCAAGAACAACGCCGACUCUGGACCACAAACUAUAUCAACGACUACAAAUACAACGAGGACAAAUUUACUAUACAAUUCCGUACUGGAGUGUUGUGGCCGAUUGGCAUUGGCACGUUGCGGUACAACAAUAUGCCAUUUCAAGGUUGGGAGCUUAAACCGGAUCCAAACAGCAAAGGUGUUUUAGUAGUCGUGACGGGUGUAUGCGUCACUGUAACAUGGCUUUGUGUCGGCAACAAAGUGAAACUCAAGUUCAUCGCGAAUGCGACCACUAACGCUUUGAAGGAACACUUUAAUAAAAAAUACACUGUCAAGAGAAUGGUGCAGAUAAUGCGCGGGGCGGCUGUGGACCUUUUCCCCGAAUUCGACGGCCAUACUUACGUGGAAGGCUCCUGCCCCAAAGAGUGGGCGAUGGAGCGUCAUCUGUAUCACGCCAUGGCUUUCUUGUCCAGGUCCUACAACUUUCAGUGGAGCAGGUGGAAUGUACAAGGUGGUUGGCGUAACAUCAUAAUUCAGUUUCGGGAAGCGGUCGAUACAAAACGAGAGGGAAAACUGAUGUUACUCCAAGUGACCCCGCAGAGAGUGUUAUUAUUGAAAAACAACGAAAUGUCUAUGAACGAGUUGGACAUGGAGCCAGUUGCUGGUUUACCCUUCUUCCCCGACCUCUUCACUAUGAACAUGUCCUACGGGUCAGUCGACGCGAGACGUACAACCUUUGGCAUGCAUUACAAAUUAGUCGAAACCGUUUUCGACUUGCUGCAAGAGUGUAAGCUGUGUAGUUUCUCGUAAAUCUCCCAUUGGCAUAUUAAAUUAAGAAGACCGCAGCCAUCUCAGCAUGGCCGCUACCACACUGGGCAGCAAGAGAUCUCCCCCUAUGGAAUGAAGGAUAGUGGACUUGGAUUUUGUUUUUACAUCGCUUAUUGUUGAUUCAGAAUUAGAGAAAAAGGAGAACAGAAAAAGGAAAAGAAAUAUUUGAGAUCAUGAUUUACGAAAGAACUUUUUGAAAUUCGACGAAUUUCGUAUCCUUCGUGCCACUGCCUACGGAUUCGCCAGGCGUCGCCGACGCCAGUUGCGUGGAUCCGCAGACAUUCCCGAGCAUUCGCGAGCAUUACCGAGCACGCGCGAGAAUUUAUAAUGAGAAAAAGUCGCUAUUCGGUGCUAGUCGCUAUAAACUAAAUUUAGUCGAUCCGCCAUUCGAAAGUAACAAAGUGUACAGCCCACGCUGGAAUAAGCUUAUAGGCUGACUAGAUUUAGUCGGUUCGCCGUUCAAAAGUUAGUCCACACUGGAAUAAACUUAUUCCGGCGGCACCAUUACUCAUUCUCGAGAAUCACAGCUCCUAACUUAGAUCUUAUUGUAUUAAAAAGUCGUGACUUAGUUGGCAUUAGUCGUAAAAAAAGUAAUUUAGUUCUUAUGCCGAUUUGAAGUUAGUGAGUUACUGUCCACGCUGAAUUGAGCUGACAAAAACUCCGGAGUCACUACUUUUGAAUCUCGAGAACCACAGCUCCUAGCUUAGAUCUGAUUGCACUACAAAGUCGUGAAUUAGUAGGUUCUAGUCGUAAACAACUAGAUUUAGUCGGUCCGUCGUUCAAGUUAGUCCACUCUGGAAUAAGCUUAUACCAGCGGCACCAUUAUUCGAUCUCGAGAAUCACAGCUCCUAGCUUAGAUUUUAUUGCACCCACAAAAAGUAGUGAAUUAGUCGAUUCUAGUUCCACAAUUUUAGUUCAGAAGUUAUCGGAUAUUCGAUAAAUUUCAUCAAUUUACGUUGCCGCGAGACUGUGAAAUUUGUAGCGCACAAACAUGCAACGUACAAACCAACGGUAGCUGUGCUAAUUUCCGAGUCUGCGUGAGAAUUCUCCGGAAUUAUGGCGAUCUGUUUUUCGCCUUCUAUCUAGUUUGUACGCUAUUCAAUUGAUAUUAAGAAGGAGCAUGCCAAAAAAAGUUUUGACGGCUCCGCCGAAAUUUGUGAAACAAAUAUAUGCCUGAAGUUCGCGUGACAGGCGACAGAUGUUGAAUUUU